GGAGGUCGGGCCGGCAGUGUCUAUUACUUUUUAGAACGCGAUUGUUUACAUCUCCUGGUUUUGCUUGAAUUCCAAAUACACUAGAUUGGAGUCUAAUUAUUUAAAUCAUGGCAAAACUUAUUCUGUCUGAAGUGUUUCCUACGAAAUUAAGUGCUGCUGUCUUCAUAGCCUAUAUGGUGUUAUAUGUUAAUCAAGGUGUUUUUGUCACUGCAUCAAAAGAAGCCAAUUCCAAGUAUUCUUACAAUACUGUAACUGUAGUCAUGAUGAUAGAAUUAAUAAAACUUUUUGUUUCUUCAAGUAUAUUUAUAAAAGAAUUUUCACUUCUGAAAUUAUUUCAAGACAUUCUGAUCCAUGUCAAAGUGAUGAUGCUGUAUUUUGUACCAGCUUUCUUAUACAGUUUGUACAACAAUCUAACAUUCAUUAAUCUCUCUGUGUUUGAUCCUACUACUUACUAUUUGCUUUUGCAACUUAGAGUAGUUGUGACUGGAGUAGUUUUUCAGGUGCUUUUCAAAAAGCAAUUGAGUAGAAAACAAUGGAUAUCACUACUUUUAUUGACUGUUGGUUGCAUAGUGAAACAGAUGCACACAAAACCAUCCAUGCCUAGUGAGAAAGACAGUGAAGGCAAUGAAACUUCUUCUCAUGCUGCAUAUUUUUACUUUCUGCUAGUGCUUAUUCAGGUGUUUUGCUCAUGCUUUGCUGGUGUCUACAAUGAAUACUUGCUGAAAGAUACUGGGGCAGAAGUACAUUUGAUGAUACAGAAUGUUUUUAUGUAUUUGGAUUCCAUAGUGUGUAAUAUCAUAUUUAUUCUUAUAAAAGGUGAAGGACAGACAGCUUUUUCUGUCGCAUCUUUACAAUCAGUAUUUACACCUCUUGUUGUUGCAAUAAUGUUAAACGGUGCUGCUUGCGGAAUAGUCACCUCCGUUUUCCUGAAGAACUUAAACUCGAUUUUAAAGACAUUUGCAAGUGCCAUAGAGCUAUCAUUCACUGCCAUUUGUUGUUGGAUCAUAUUUGGUAUUGCAAUUGAUAUAUAUACUUUUAUUUCAAUUGCUAUUGUUGUAUACGCUACCUUUUUAUAUGCACAAAAUCCGGUUGUAAAUAAAGGGCGUUUUGAUGCAGUUGAAAAAGGAGAGGAUGCUGUCAAGUUAAUGAGUAAAGAGGAUAAUGUUUGAAUUGUUGUUAUUUUCAUCAUUUGAGUUAAAAUAUUUUCAUAGGUGGUUGAGGGAUAAUUUUCAAUUAUCAUAAUCAAGACACAUGUCAAAAGCUUUAAUAUUUUUAAAAACUACUUGAGUGUUAUCACAUUUUUUGCUUGUUCAAUCUUGAAUAUUCGACAUUGAUUUUUAUUAAUUUGAUCCAAAAGGUUUGACAUUUCUUGAAAUGUUUUAUUAUUAUUGUUAACUAAGAAAGUUUUAAACAAUAUUAUUUGUACAACUGUUAAAAGUAACAUUUCUCUAAAUCUUUAUCAUGCUGUUUUGGAACAGUAAACAUAAUUAUCACACCUAAAGUGUGUGAAAAAGCAAUUGAACAUCACAUUUAAUUCUGAAGGAAAUAAUUAAAAUUUCUAGAAUAAGUUGUGAAACUGCAUUGAAAAUAGCAUCAUUUUCAAAAAUGUUUUGAACAUAUUAAUAUUUUUUGUCCGUUUCACAGUUUACAUUCUUUACUUACCAUUUUUUUUUUUUUUUUUUUGUAAUUUUAAACAGCACAUUUUUUUCUAAAGUUAAUUAUUGAAGUUAGUAGUUCGUUACGAUUCAUUUUUUUUCAUUCCAUUCUUGAUAAUACUUAUUUAUGUAUAUUUGGAAGAUUUUACAGCAAUUUUGUUUUUGCAUAGUACUUAUAUUUAAACUCACAAUCACUAAAAUGUGGUGACACAAAUAGCUACGACAUAAAUUUUGAUGCAAAUUAGAUCUCUGUUUUAUUGGUUUUAAUUGAGUCAAGCAUGAUUCUUGAUCUUGUUUUCAUUUUUUCUGAAAAGGAAAAAUCAAAGUACUUUUAAAAUUACUGAGCUAACUAACUGGAAUAAUAUCUGAUGUGAUCUUUGCAUAAGACUGUGUGACCAAAAGAUAAAUACCUGCUGCUUUUUCAUUGACUUGUCUGAGUUGACAAAUUCAUGUUUGAUUACGUGUAUUAUUGAACCAACUUGUAUUUAAUAAAAUGAAUCUUAGUUCAGAAUCCAGUAUAUUUCUGAAUUUCUCCUUGAAUUGACAGUGGAGGCAUCUAUUUCUACUAAUUUUGUUAUUUUAUUAUGUAUUGCGUUAAUGUAUAGCAGGGUUGCCAACUGCUCCUCAAAAGGGCGAAAAUCAGCGGCUACGCAAAGUAGUUCUUUUGCUCUGCAUUUUCCAGCUGAACGUUUUCAUGUUUAAAUUUUGCUAUUUUAUCAUAACAAACAUGGAAAUAGGGGAAAUUAAAUAUGUGUAUACUCAAAAAUUGAAAUAGUGUUUCAAGCUGUUUUAUUUAUUUAAAAAUAAUUAUUUUAAUACUAGUGCUUAAAAUAAUCAUUAAACCUUUAAAACAUUUUUAGAUAACUGGUUUUAGUUAUUUUCAUUGAUUUUUAUACAAAAUACCAAAGUGCUCCACAAAAUUUUAAAUUGCUCCUCAAAAUCCCCACAGAUGCUCCUCAAGUUGCUUCUCCAAGGUUGGGACCCCUUGUAUAGCAUGCCAAGGUGAAGGGUUAUUAACUGAGUUGAUUAGAGUAUCAUUCUAAUAACAAGAGAGUGCAGGCUUGACCCUCCCCCCCCCCCCAUCACCACCAUAGGCUAGAAAAUGUUGUUUUUGAAUGACUCUUUCUUAAUAAGGCUACAAAUGUAAGGCAUCUAAAGAAAAACUUUUUACUCCCAUUAGCAAAAAAUAAUCAAAGAAUUCAUAUUAUGGCUGUUUUUCAAAAAAAAAAAAAAACUUUUAAAAAAAAUGGUUUUUUAAAUCAAGAGGCGCCCUCUUCCACAUUGCCCCCUCUUGAAUUCCCUCCUCCAAAUAUGGACCUAUUGUGGUUCCUUUGACUGCAAAGAUUAUCAUAUGGUUCAAGGAAGCAAAUCCAGACCCUUUUAACUACUUUCCAGCAAGGGCGGAUCCAGAAAAUGUUCAAGGCGGGGGCGAUUGUUUUUCACUCUUUACUCUUUGGAACUUCAAUUUCUAAAAAUUUUCGAAGGAGUGCAUUGAACCCCUCAUUUACCUAUCCCUAAUAUCAUCUAUCGUUUAAAACUGAGAUUUCGGAACUUCAAUUUCAAAAAUAUUCCUGUAGAAAGUUUCUGUCCCUAUCCCCAGAGUAAUAAGAGAUGUGCAACGAUUGCAUUUUAAAGACUUAAAUUCCGGAAAAAUUCCUGAAAAGAGCUCCCUUUCUUCUAACACCAUCGAAGAUUAUGUAAAAUUACGGUUUUGAAACUUCAGUAUUGAAAAUAUACAUGAAGAAAUUUCAGGUCUCUCGGAUCAAGGAGGGGGCGAACGCCCCCAUCGCCCCUCCCUUGUAUCCGUCCUUGCAUUCCAGUUAGGUAGCUCAGUCUUCAAAGGCUGGUUAAUAGUUUUUAAUCAUAAUUGAUCCAAUGUAUAGUUUUGUACGAAAUGUGCAGAAUGUUUUUUAAAAAAAGGAAAGAAUCUAAAAGACUAGUAUGAAAUAUGUUUGAGUCAUGUGUCACAAAAUCAUCACAGAAAUAUUUUAUUCCUUUUUUCAUAUGGGGUGGGAGCAACCUCCCUGAUCAAAGUCAAAGCAAUGCAUAAGAUAUUUCAAUUUUGUAAUAUUUUGUUAAUCAUGUUUUGUAAACAUUUUUCUGAAAUAUUUCAUAUCUUAUUUCUGAAAGUUGUUUUAUAGUUUAUCAAUCCUGAUUAUUAAUUGAAAUCAUGGUUCAUUUUCCAUGUAACUGUGCUGAACAAUAUUUUAAAAGUUUAUCUUGAAAUAUUUGUUUUUUUUUUCUAAAAAAAAAAAUCCAAUUAGUAAUAUUUUUGACGAAUAGAUCUGUGUUAAUCCGUCAUUAACAAUAUGUUUAAAUGGAAUGCCCAAAAGUUGUUAGUGUUCUAACUUAUCAAAAGAAAAAAAAACAAGAGAGUAGUAUUUUUUGUGGUUCAUUCAAAACUUAGUAUUACUUAUUGCAGCAAAUUUUAUCUUAAUUUUAUGCAUUUUACAUUUUGAGUAUACUUUUUAAAAAUGCUGUUUUUUUGUUAUUGUUUUUGCACAAAUGUAUGACUUAAUGUCCCAGAAAACUUAUAUUUCUACAGUGCAAUUAUCAAGAAAGUUUGCCAAAGGAUAUUUUUUAUUGAUACUUAAUCAACAAACCUAAAAGUAAGAAAUGUUAGUUUAUUGAGUGCAGAUUUCAUUCCUGCACAAUUGUUUUUGCUUUGUAUAUUUAUGUUUGUUAUUGCGCUUUGAAUUUUUGAGUUUAAUUGUUUUGUAAAAAAUAUUAUCAGUGUUGUUUGUCAAUUUGUUUAACUUAAAUUUAUGAAUUUAAUUUAUCUUUUGUGUGUAUCACGAUGAAGUUUCCUGAAUUAACCUUCCUGAAGCUAGAUGUAAAAGUGAAAAUUAAGAGACUAAUUAAUUUGUGUUAUUAAAUUAUAUGUUCACUUUAUCAGAUCUAAACUUAAAUCAUGUUUUUUUUUUUUUUUUUUUUUUUUUGUAUUUAUGGAAGACAUUGAAAAUAUGGUUAGUGCUAUAUGUGGGUGCCCAUAAAAGGGGGCAAAGGAGGGCUCAAGCCCCCUUCUAGACAUUAGUACUCUCAAUUUUUUAAAUAAAGUUUGAGCAGAAAUAUCAUUUAAAACAUUUCAACAUAAGCUAUUAAUAAAUGACCGCUAUUAAAACCUUUGCUUUAAAAUUUUUCUAACUUUAAUCUCCAUUGGUUUUGUUUUUAGAAUUAUAAUAAUAUAUUUUAGAUAAAUAAUUUACACAUAUCUUCUGAAAAAAAAAGAAAA